CUUGGAUUAUUAGCUACGCCUAUUGAUAUUUUAAACUUUUUAUUAGCAAUAUAAGUUAGGCCUGUAGGUCUGUAUUUCUAAAUACUGAGGAUGUGUUUGAUCAGAACAAUAUGUUUGAAGAAGUCAUUUCAAUUUAAAAGGCAGAUUUUGAAUGUACAAACAGCCAUGAUGACUCAAAGAAAUUUAUCCUUUGAUUUAAAGGAAUACAUUACAACUAUAAACAACUAUACAAUCAACUAUACUGUUGUCGGAAAUGGAAAACAUAAUUUACUUCUCUUACCAGGAGCAAUGGGUACAAUGCAAAGUGAUUUUGCUCCACAGUUCAGUGGUUUAGAUCAAGAAAAGUAUACCUUGAUAUCAUGGGAUCCAAUUGGGUAUGGAAAAAGCAGACCUCCUCAACGAGAAUUCAUGCCAGAUUUUUAUGUGAACGACGCCAAAGUCGUAGGAGCUCUAAUGAAUAAACUGGACCGACGGCAGUACUCUGUGUUGGGAUGGAGUGAUGGAGCCAUCACAGCCAUCAUCUUGGCGGCGCUGCACCCUGACAAUUUACACCGGGCUGUGCUGCUCGCACCGAUGGCGUAUAUUACUAAGGAGGAUGUUGCAAUCUACCAGGGGCUGAAGGAUAUCAGCCAGUGGACACCACAGUUGAGGCAGAAACUGGAGGCUGUGUAUGGAGCUGAAUACCUGACAACUUUGUGGACUAACUACUGCCAAUAUUUUGAGAACACGUUGAGCCAGAGAGAUGGCGAGGUGUGUCGCAAGUAUUUGUCCCAAGUGAAGUGUCCGACACUGGUGUUACAUGGAGAGCUGGACCCUGUAGUACCUCUACAUCAUGGAGAAUAUGUGGCCAGACACAUCCAGAGUGCGGAGUAUCAUGUGAUUAAAAAAGGUAGACAUAAUUUCCACUACAAGUUUUCAGACAAAAUCAACUCAAUGAUUGACGACUUUUUAUCGAAACCCGAGGACCUGGGGGCUACGGGUAUUGUUAAUCUGUAGUGAAUGUUGUAUGUUGUUAUCAGAAUACCAAUGGUUUUGGAUACUUUAAGGUCAAUGGGAAUUGUAAUUGUUCUUGUGUAAAAGUCUUGCACUUAAAAAUUUUAGUUUAUAACCCAGAUUGAAUGGAAAUUACAUUGAAUGUACCACACAAAUACAGUACAGUAGUGAUAUUGAUAGUGUUAUUGAAAUAGUGCAUUAUUCUUUCAAAGUUUUGUCACUAUCUAGCUUUUACAAGCUAGAAAUAUCAACAAUCCCCUGGAUAUGAUAAUGCUUUGAAGUUUAUUUUACAUAUUCAAUUCUUAUUGUGGCAUUCCACUUAUUGAAUGUUUAUAGAAUGUGAUACAGGAUAAGACUGGCUUAGGUAAAUAAUAUUUUUGUACUCUGUAUAAACUUUCAGAAACUUUACAACCAGUGAAUAAGUCUGAAUGCAUUAUAAUUAGGAAGCAAAAUUGAUUUAUAUUCAGAAGAAGUUGACUCAACGAAUAGGUUUAAUGGCGCUUUCUUUUACUUCAAUCUUAAACAAUCAAAGUCAUUAAUUUUUUUUAAUAGUGCCUUCUUUGAAAUUGUACUUAGGUUAUUUAGAUUCUAGUUUAGUUAAUUUUCUUGCAAAGUUACGAUUGAUAUCAUGAAUAUAGGAAGUUAUUUUGUUGUUAGUUUUAGAAUUUUGCAUGGGGGGUAAGCAUAUUACAACACAUAGUCACUAAAAUUGCUAGGUUUU